AUGCAAUCUCCGCCACGAAGGGCGGGAAGCCGGCGAGUCCUCAGCGAUGAGUUCGCAGCGAGCCAUCGAGUAUGCAUUCCGCCCAUCAACCUUCCCCAUCGAUAUACCCUUCACAUUCCUGUAACGAUUUGUUGUCACCCCGCUUCGGCUUGUACUGCGGUGUACGUUUUCGCGCCGCACUGUAGUCCACUUCUCGUCACCGUGUACGCCUACCCCUCAUCACCGUGUCCGAGUUUUCAUGCUCGUCGUCGCCGUCCAAUCGUGUAG